AUGGUGUCUUACUCAUCCUACGUGCUUAUAGCAGCAGCUGCUUUGCUAGCGACUUGCUAUGCACUGCCUAAAUAUCCAGCAAUCCCUGGGCUGCCUGGUAUCCCUCGGCUGUCCGGCAGAGAUGAUCUGAAAGGACAGACACGUCUAUCAGGUUUCAGAGAAGCCUCUGGAAGCCUGGUGGGGCCUCCCAGAAAACAACUUACUUGUCCACAGGGUCUACCCAAUUCUCUGAACACUGAACUCCACAAAGUUUUAGUAAAUUUGAAGCACCGACUUUCCAGACUUAAAGGCGUGCUUGUUUUGAAGGAGAAAAUAAGAGAAGUAGGAGAGAAAAUACUUGCCAGCAAUGGGGAAAAAGUUGAUUUUGCAUCUGCAUUAGCAUCCUGUGAAAACGCUAGAGGAACUCUUGCAACUCCCAUGAAUGAGGAAGAGAAUAAAGCUAUUAUGGGUAUUGUGAAAAAGUAUAACCGAUACGCUUACUUGGGCAUUAGAGAGGGUGAGGAUUCAGGUCAAUUUAAGUAUCUAAAUGGCACGCCUGUAAAUUAUACCAAGUGGCACCAAAAUGAGCCUAAUGGCAAAAGGACAGAAAAAUGUGUAGAGAUGUACACAGAUGGGAACUGGAAUGACAAAAAAUGCAACCUGAGUCGCCUCACAGUCUGUGAAUUUUAA